AUGGCUUCUUCUAUUACUCUAAUCAAAAUGCCAGAAGUGGUGCUGAAUAAGAUUAUGAACGAAUCUGAUUUAAAAUCAAUAUUGAUCUUACGAAAAGUAUGUCACAGUUUGCGUACAUUCGUAGACACACACGAUUCUGGUCCAAACCUGAUUGACCUGAAUAUCUACAUCAAACCAAAUGAAAUUGAAGCAUGGUACUAUACACGUAAUGGGUUACACGUCGUUCACUAUCGAGGGAGAAAUCAAGAGAACAACUGUGUGUUUCUUCAUGAGAAUAAAGAAAAAGUUCUGCGAGAUAUGAAUUUCGUCGACGCAUUUCUUCUUGACUUGGAGAUCUUUAUUUCCCUACAAAACUCCGUAAUGAGACAAUUUCGUGUGACACGUGGCAACGCUGAUCCCUUUCAAACGGUGAAAGAUGUGAACUUGUCAUUAUUCAACAGGAUUCUGAAAGCCUUGGAAAAUGUUCUGAAGAAGAGGCCCCGCCCACUACAGACAAAUGAGAUUCAUCUGGCGGUGGAAGAUCAAGAACAAGUCUUAUCGAUUCUGAAGUCUAUUGAUGCAAAGGUUCUAAAGAAUUUAUCGAUUUACUCUAAUUUGAAAGAAGAGGAAGAACUAGAAAUUAAUGAGAUAAUACAAAUGGAUCACUGGAAACAAGCUAAAUUUUUAAUGGUAGAAGAUUUCAUAUUGGAUGUUCCCGUAGAAUGUUUAAUUCAAUUUUCAUUCGUUCGAGCAGUCCUCAAAACGAUUUCUACAAAAGAUCUAAUGGUUUCAAAGGAGAACAUUCUCCAGUCUUCCAUAUUCAAGGAGUUUUCUUUGACGUACACCCAAUUAGAAGAUGAAUCAGAAAUCUCAUCCGUUCUCGGAGAACCAAUAAUAACCACUGACAUAUUCGGGCGUCAGGACUUCAAAUGGAUCAUCGACAGUCCAGUGAACUGUCAGAAAGUAGAAAUUACUCAUUUCCAAACCCAUCGGCAAUUCAAAAUCACGAAUAUCGAGUCAUUGGAAGACAAAGUGAAAAGAAUGGCUCAGGAGAGGUCAUGA